AUGGUGCCUGUAGGAGCCACCUCUGAGGGGGAAUGGGGGUCUCUUAGUGGAAUGUGUGGUGCUGAGGAGGCUGAUUUUAUGGCCCAUUUGCUUAACUACUCUUCAAUACCCAAUGAGAUAAAUGGCUGUUCAAGCUUAUUGGGAGUCCCUUCUACUUUUUGGCCUGACUAUGAUUCAACUAUAAACAUGGCAGGGCUCACUGACAGUUCAUGCAUUUCUUUGGAAUGUGAUAGUUCUAGAUUUUACAGCUUUUCUGAAGGGACUAGUUAUAUUAAUGGUGGUAGUUUGAGUCAAGAAAGCUACCACUUGAGUGAUCCCCAACCAAUUCUGACAUCCAAUAAUAGCUCCAUGUCCAUGGAUUCAAGCUCUUAUAUCAUUGAUGGGGAUGACUGCAUGAACCAAGAAGUAAGUGAAGGCAAUGCAGAGGACAUGCCUGAAGCUGUUCUUCCUGAUAAGGAUUUACAGCUGGAAAGGGAAACUGAGAUUCCAAAACCAGCUGAAAAUUCUAAGAAAAUAAAUCUGGGUUCAGGAUAUGCUUCGAAGAAAGAGAGGAUUAUACAAUCAAAGAAGCAUCAGAAGCUUUCUUGGACUAGAGUCACAGAAAAAGCUACUGAUCUUGGCCUUGUUGGACAGAGCUCAAGCAGCUGCUCCUCAGAGGAUGACUCCAAUGCUCCCAACUUGAAGGGCAAAACAAGAGCCAGUAGGGGAUCGGCCAACAAUCCCCAGAGUAUCUAUGCAAGGAAAAGAAGAGAGAAAAUAAGUGGGAGGCUAAGAGUCAUACAGAACCUUGUCCCUAAUGGGAGUAAGGUUGAUAUUACAACAAUGCUUGAGGAAGCUGUUCAAUACGUGAAGUUUUUACAGCUCCAAAUCAAGGUAAUAGCAAAAGAUGAUCUAUGGAUGUAUGCUCCCAUUGCUUACUGUGGAAUGGACAUUGGGCUAGCUUGA